AUCUUAUCUCGCACAUGACACCGGGAAAGACACACCGGAUUACCCCGAGCACCGCGCCCGCUCCGCCCGCUCCUCUCACCGGAGACACGCGCGUGAACCUCGCCUUUAUGCGCCUUUUCAUCCCGCGGAUCGUGCACUUUCCUCACUCUGCACAUCUCUGCUAUUGUCUGUCCAGCUCCGCGCGCACAGGGAGCUCCGUCAGUAUUUUAUCUGCACAUCUCUGAUCUCGAGCCGCACUUCAGGACCGCGCAGCCUCCUCCUCUGUCCUCCUCUGUCCUCCUCCUCUGUCCUCCUUCUCUGUCCUCCUCUGUCCUCCUCCUCCUCCUCUGACACAUGGUGCUAAACAGCCAUAAAGUCCCGUCAGUUUUCGUAUAGAACGUUCCGUGUUUUUGUCGCUUUUACGCACAGUUUUAAACUCACUUUUCCGGUGGGAUAUGAGUGAACUUCAACUUCGCUCCAAGGCCUGAAACACACGACACGACUUAUCCCAGGUUCUUUGGAGACGUGCGCCUUAAGGAAAAGCCAAAAUGAUGCUGAGCCCGGACCAGGCUGAGGCGGACCUGUCCUGGACACAGUCCGACCCCGAGUCUCUGCUCAACGGCCUGAAGUCUGCGGGCUGCACGUCAGACGAGCCCAUGGAGGGCGAUGAAAAGGCCAGAUGCAAACCUGACCCUCCGCUGAGCCGCGAAGAGAAGCGCAGGAGGCGGAGGGCCACGGCCAAGUACCGCUCUGCCCACGCCACGAGGGAGAGGAUCCGCGUGGAGGCGUUCAACGUGGCCUUUGCUGAACUGAGGAAAUUACUGCCCACCUUGCCCCCGGACAAGAAGCUCUCCAAAAUCGAGAUCCUCAGACUGGCGAUAUGCUACAUCUCUUACCUGAAUCACGUGCUGGAUGUUUAGGCUCGUGAUCCACGGAACUGACGCGCCGAGGCCCGCGCGUGAAAACACUAAACCCAGUGUUUGAGCUGCUAGACCUCCUGUCUGUGCUUCUUCACAUUGGCACAUUUUGAUCUGGCCGCUUUUAGAAAAUUCUUUAACACUGUAAGGCACAAAAUUUGCUCCAAACUCGAUAAUCAAAGUAAAGAAAAGCUGUGGUGUCGCAGAAUGUAGAGAUUCAGACCCUCCCGUGGGUCUAAAGGCUCCACCUGUGACACGUGCUCAGGUGUUCUGCCUUUACCUUUGACUGAGGUGACACUUUGACACAGUCUCCACGCGCGUUGGGAGUCUGGAGCGCGUGGCGUGUUCACAGAAAGAGAGAAGGUGACAGCAGCUACAUCCACGGAGUCGCACUCUGGAGCUGACAGAGCCUCCACCUGCGACACCGUCUGAGCCGUUAGAUGC